GCUGAAAUCAUGGACGCCAGCCGCGUGCAGCCCAUCAAGCUCGCCAGAGUCACUAAAGUGCUCGGUAGGACCGGCUCACAGGGCCAGUGUACCCAGGUGCGUGUCGAGUUCAUGGAUGACAGCAACCGAUCCAUCAUCAGAAAUGUUAAGGGCCCAGUGAGAGAGGGAGAUGUUCUGACACUUUUGGAGUCUGAAAGAGAAGCAAGAAGACUUCGAUAGUGUCUUGCUGGUUAAACGCUUUGAAGACAUAAUGAAGCAAGUCACCACCAACAACUCUUAGUUUGGAUAUGUGUUAACUAAUAAAAAUGAAAAUUGGUCAUA